UGUUUCCGAUCUGAGCCCGACAGAAAUGCAGCAGCGCUGGGUGAGGCUGUGUCGGAGGCAGGCGGUGGCCGGGUGUUGUGUUUCUCUAUGUUUGUAAUUUAGGCUCAGAAGGCUGCCUUGAACAGUGCUUGAGGUAUUUUACGAAUCAGCUCUUGCUAUGCAGGAGUUAUUGAAACUGGUGUGUUUGUAUUAAUAAUAAGGGAUAGUUACUUUACAUUGUGUACGCUACUUACCGUCUGUGUAAACAACUAAGUUAUAGUAAGUGCUUGGACGCAAUAGCAUAGUUUGUGUGUGUGUGUUGUUUUUUUUACAUUGAUAAUUUAAUACUAUGUAGGUACCUAAAUAGAUAUGUAUUAACGGCGUGAGUAGAGUCUGCUGAAGUCUGUGUAAGGUUAUUUUAUUUUUACGUUUCGUUUUAACGCUGAAAUGUCAUAAGUAGUGAUCGCUGUGUUUGUAAUUGUCGGCGGUUUUGGUUUUUUAAAACAUUCCACACUCGCUCAGGGAGCUAGGAACCGACCUCGCCGAAAAGCCUUUUUGUUUGUUUGCUUGCUUGCUUGUUUGGUGUUUAACUUUUUUUUUUAAAGACCUACACCUGCCGCUAGCUUAGAGUACUAUUUGCACAAUGUCCUCUACAGUUCUUAGUACGGUGUUAUAACUAAAGAUGCAAUGACAGUUGUCGAAUUUGGUUUUCAGGUUAAGUGCCAGUCUGCCGAAUGAUAACGCAAACAGACUUCCCGGGAAGCUUGGCGAGACAGCUUUAGCAUCAGCAUCGUUUCUUUCGUUGUUAUUAAAUAAGUCAUAUAGAAUGGCUGCAGCUCCUGCUCCGGGGGGCAGUGGUUCAGCUAGCUCGCCUGGUUCUCAAGUGCCCGGCCCGGCUGGCAGACAGUUUCAGUCCAUGGUGGUGGUAUGGGAAUGGCAGGACGACUUGGGUCACUGGCGUCCGUACAGCGGCCAGGUGAGCGGCUACAUCGAGCAGAGCCUGCAUCUGCAACCACAGCUGCGGGGCCACAGAACUGGAGGGCCGCCAAACACAAGCCCCAGCACCAGCAUCCCCCUCGGAUAUGCGGAUCCCAGUCUGGCGCCCUAUAUCAUCGACAUACCUAGCAUGAAGCAGUUUCGCCAAGACACCGGUAAGAUGCGCUGUGUCCGUAAGACCCUGCUGCCCCAGUCAAGUGGAGUGGCCCGUGGAGUGACCUGGGAGUGGGCGAAUGACCAAGGCAGCUGGACCCCUUACGAGAUCAAUGUCUGCAUGCUCCUGGAGAACUCUUACCAGUCCCGCCAGCAGGGCGUGGACUUGGGGCAACUGGGCUACAAUUACCUAGUGGACUUGACCGCCCUGGCCCAGGUCAACAAGGCUACCAGCUUCAGGAGACAAGUCAGGAGGCAGGUCUCUGCUCCCUACCCCCCGGCCCCUGGGCCGACAGCCUCUGUGAUUCACUCUGGCCCGGCCUGCUCCUGCCAGCAGUGCCUGGCCAACAGCGCCACCGGCCCCAUCAUGAGUCGCACUCGCCACUCCUUCGGGCAAGCACAGAUGAGUCGGCCCGUUCUCCACGGCCCCAGCCGGACAUUUGCAGCAACAUCGGGCCAGUCUGGAGCCAACUACUCCCCUUACCCCACCAAGCGGCCUCUCUCGGUGGGGAAUGCGGCCUGGGGCGGGCCCUGGGUUCCAGCAGCCUCGGCAGGCACCUUCACAGCAGCAGCUCAGCCAGCUGUCUCCAACGGGUUGAGUGUCGCCUCUGUCCCUCUGCAGCUCAAUGGACCUGGUAACCUGAACUCAGCCCUGGCAGUUCUAGCGCAGAAACCCGAAGAGGUGAUCAAGAAAUACAUGGAGAGAGUAGAGGUGCCUCCUGAAGAGGACUGCAUGAUCUGCAUGGAGCGGCUGUGCUCUCCCUCGGGGUACGACGGGGUGUCAGGGGGCCAGGCCAUCGCCCCGAGCACCGUGGGCAAGUUUACAAAGUGUGGGCACGUCUUCCACCUGCUCUGCAUGCUCGCCAUGUACGACAACGGAACCAAGGAUGGCAGCCUGCAGUGCCCGUCGUGCAAGACAAUCUACGGAGAGAAAACCGGAACACAGCCCAAGGGCAAGAUGGAUAUUUACAGCAUCCCCCAGUCACUCCCGGGCCAUCCUGACUGCGGGACCAUCCAGAUCAUCUAUAGCAUCCCCCCUGGAGUGCAGGGUCCAGAGCACCCAAACCCUGGCCAGCCGUUCUCAUCUCGAGGAUUUCCCCGGCACUGCUACCUGCCAGACAGCGACCAGGGCAGGAAGGUCCUGAAGCUGCUGAAGCUUGCAUGGAACCGGCGGCUCAUCUUCACCGUGGGCACCUCCAGCACCACGGGGGAGCCAGACACAGUGGUGUGGAACGAGAUACACCACAAGACAGAGAUGCUGUCCAACGUGUCGGGGCACGGCUACCCCGACCCCAACUACCUGGACAAUGUGCUGGCAGAGUUGGCAUCCCAGGGGGUGACGGAGGAGUGUGUGAACGAGCAGUGAGCCUGGCAGGAGGCAUGGCCAGGGGGGAGAG